CCUAUCACACGCUCGGAGUCGCUGAACGUCGCGCGACGGCACAAGCUAAGCAAGCAAAACAGCGGCGAUCCAGGGGGACCCGGAGGAACACCGGGGUGGGGUCCAGUGAUGGUGUGGUGAAGGGAGUGAAGGGAGUCGAGGAGACUGUCGUGUACCGAAGUGUACCGAGGCCGAUAAGUGCGCGCCAAUCGGCGGCGGUCCGACUUCAGUCAGUAGUCACAGAGUCCAGUAGCCAGGCGUCGAAGAGAUCGUUGAGCUCGAAGAGGGACCGCGAUGAUGAGUUGCUACCCGAGGAGCGUGACCCUGCUGUUGGUCCUGGCGGUCCUGGCACGUACCCAGGGAGCCGCCUUACUCGGUGCCCCGCCGUGCCCCGACCCUUACGGAGUUCAUGCUUACGCUCACCCUGAGGACUGCGGAUCCUUCUUCCUUUGCACUAACGGUACUCUUUCGUUCGAAAACUGUGAGAACGGGCUUAUGUUCGACGGACACGGCGCUAUCUACAACCACUGUAAUUACAACUGGGCCGUUCAAUGCGGCAAACGCAAGGCCGACUACACACCCAUCAGCAGUCCCGGCUGCGAGUAUCAGUUUGGCAUGUACGCAGACAGUGGUAGCUGCAGCACCACCUACAUUAAGUGUGUCCACGGUGAACCGCAUCAGGCCCAUUGCGAUCCUGGUCUGGUCUACAACGCCAAGACUCACACGUGCGUCUGGCCCGACGAACUCAUCCCCUUCUGCAACCCCGAAGCCAUAGUAGGCUUCAAGUGCCCGCACAAAUUGCCGCCUAACAGCCCCGCCAAGAAAUUCUGGCCUUUUCCGAGAUUCCCCGUGCCAGGUGACUGCGGUAGAUUGAUCACCUGUGUGGACGGACAUCCACGACUUCUUACUUGUGGAGAUGGAAAACUUUUCGAUUCGGUGAGCCUGACUUGCCUGGAACCCGAUGACGUUCCUCACUGCUCCAACCAUCUGUAAGCAUGGAGACGCAUUCCUGAUACCCGAUGCUUCAAGUCAGCAAACGCGAAAAUAAUUAACGGAAAACAAAAGACGAAGAAUUUGACACAUUUGUUAAUUGUUUAAAUUUUUGCAAUGAAGUACAGAUAUUAGUUCAAGAUUCAUGUACAUUGUCGAAUCAUGUGCAAAGCUAAAAAUUAAGUGCGCACUUGUAAAAAUAAGAUUUAAAAAAUCGAACGAGGUAAAAAGAAAAUUAAUUGCAAGACAUAAAAGAUCAAAAUUUGUAAAACUACAACAAAUAAAAAACACGCGCGUAAGAAAUUAAUUUGAAAAUAUCAGUGGAAAAUUACGAGAGACGCGAUAUUGGAACAAAUCAAUCAAUCAACAACGAUGAGUAAAAAAAUGUACAUUUUCGUUAGUUCCUGCUAAGUAGCUGUUGUUGCAAAUAAACGAGGAUAGCAAACGUAAAUUAUUAAUAACGUCCGUUCGAAGGGGGAGAGUAAUCGCAUGUAGCGUACGCGAAGAGUGAGUACGAUAUGUAGUACAUAUAGUGUAUUUAUAAUACGAUAUAUAUGUAAUACAUAUAUAAAAUGUAUAUUUAUGAUAAAUAGAGUGUAACAAUGUACAGCCAGGCAACAUCGAAUAAAAUCUGGACACGCGUAUAAAAAAAUAUACAACGUACAAUUUUUCGAUCGCGAUCUACGUAUAUAUCUUACGAUUAAGAACGAUGAGGAGGAGGAAAUGGUAGGAUAGGAGGGAAAAGGAGUGAAAGGAUUGGGAAAAAUAUUUACAUCUCGACCGAGGUGAUAAAGGCAAAUUAGUAGACGGUCUUAAAACCGAAUAACGAGAUGUUUAUAAUUAAUAUUAUUAUUAAUCGAUAAUACGAGUCUCUAUUCGCGGGGGAGGGAGGAGAGCUCGAUCGGUCGGUGUGUCGACGAGUCUCAGUCCUUAGGACUGGAAAUUCCUCACUAAACAACCGCUUUUAGCAUUUUAGUCUUUACAGUUCCUUGCUUUCAUUCCGUUUUGUGUCUUUUCCAUUAAUAAUUUUGCACAUUUCAUCGUUUCUUUCCAUCUUUUGACAAUUUGUGCUUUUUAGCCUCAAUAUCUUUUAUCCGUCCCAAAACUUUUUAACUGACCUGUAUCUUUUAUUUUUAAUUUUAUUCCGGCUUUUCUAGUUAAUAAGAUAUUAAUAAGAUAUCUAGAGUGUUUUGUAUAUUUUUUAAGAAUUUUCGACAAUUACGUCGCUAAAAGUUCCAAAAUGAAAGUAACGAGGAAGCCCUUUAUAAGUUUUCUGGACAAUCUCGGAGAAUUAUCAAUGAGACUUUUGAUCUGUUCUUCUUAGCUGCAUUGCUGAACUAGUGCAGCUAAAAAAAAAUAGACCAAUUGACACUUCAGAUAAUUCAGGACAAUUUCAAGUAUUCAGGAACAUCAGGAUUUAGAAUCUCAACGAACUCAAUUCUUCGGGAACUACGAGGGUUCCGAAUCUACAGGAUCAUGGGGAAUCGGGUGAGACCCGACGAGAGAACCUCUGGAAUUCUGCGAACCGAUCGUUACGACGAUCGACGAGCUCGGUACCGCAGGACUUCACUCGCUGAAGAGACAACGUGUCGCUUC